GUACAAUCAAAGGUCAAGUCACAGAUGUAGAACUGACGUUAUUUCGGAGUCGUGUCAUCAACAAAUAUUAGGGAUUUAGGGGAAUUUUCACCGAGGAGAGCAAUCGUUCAAGUAUUCAAUACGUUAAUUUACAUACUUAUUUUGAAAAUUAUGGAUAUUUCUACAUCAUCUACCUUUGUUUGAACCUUGUUUACACAUAUUCGUGACGAGAAAUUUGAAGCAUUGCUUUACCAAUAGGCAAUACCGGUACGGUACCUGCGGCUACACACGGCAAGUCUACGGGAGAGCGUAGGCGCGACCUCCGAGCGACACCGGUCAACGUGGUCUUAUCUGCUACUGUAGCUCAGCUCAGCCCUUCUUCAUUACUUUUUUAAGAUCUGAAUUCUAACGACGUACAACGUUCCGUCAGAAUUUAGACUUAGAGGCUCCCAACUAGAACUUCACUUUUUUUUCAGUUGUGUUGUGUUGAACUGAAGGAGUCAUGUCACUUGAAGAUCCUUUCUUCGUUGUGAAAGAGGAGGUGGAGAAGGCUGUGAACACAUCAGAGGGGCUAUACCAGAGAUGGACCAAGCUUUUAGAAGACACAAACAGUGUUAGCAAGGAGGAGUAUGAUUGGACAAUGAAUGAACUCAGGAAUAGUCUUAGGAGUAUAGAAUGGGACGUGGAAGACCUCGAAGAAACCAUUAGCAUUGUUGAAGCCAACCCGAGGAAAUUCAGGAUAGAACCGAGUGAUCUAGACUCUAGGAGACUCUUUGUUACAAGGACUAAAGAUAGAGUCAGAGAGAUGAAAGACCACAUGAGCAGUCCAGGCACAAGAACGAGAGAGGACAAGAAAUCUAGACAGUCACUAUUAUCGAAUGGUCCUGGACGACCAAAGCAUAAAUACAGUCGGCUGGAGCAAGAAGCUGAAGAUGAAAACCAGAGAUUUAUUAGAGAUAGUCAUCAGCAGCAACAGCUAAUAAUGGAAUCACAAAAUGAUCAAAUAGAGAGGGUAGCCGACAGUGUUGGUGUGCUGAAGAAUAUGAGUCAUACAAUAGGGAAUGAACUCGACGAACAAGCAGUGAUGUUAGAUGACUUCUCAACAGAGCUAGAGAACACAGAAUCAAGGUUAGACACCGUCAUGAAGAAAAUGGCCAAGGUCACAAGAAUGUCAAAUGACAAGAGGCAAUGGAUGGCAAUAGCGGUUCUUCUUGUAGUCAUGCUCAUCAUCAUCAUCCUCUUCUUCAUAUGACAGCAUCGUCAUGACUGCCUUUGGGAUAUCAUUCUUGGACCACCACACGGAGGAAACUUCUACUGGACCACCUCUAUUAUCCAUGUGAUUGAAUGACUCUUUGACAUCUUAUGAAAUAUACCGCCCUCGUUGAGAUCUUUCUUGAAUGGAAGGACUGUCCAAAGGAAAAGCUAUCCCACGUGGAUGACUGCUGAAGGAAUUGAUCACAUUACGGCAUGAAGCAUACAGUAUGGUAUCCUGUAGAUCCCUCAAAUCUUUCUUUUACUUCCAGGUGGAAAAAUCUUGAAAGGAUUCAAUGUACAAAGCAAAAGCAACAUCUGGAUUUCAUCAAACUCCCUUUAUCAAUAUGGAAGUUUCCUGAAUAGAAAGUGUUCUGUAACAUGACAAUUUCUUGUCAGAAACAGUUUUCCAUUGACCUCAUUACCAUGGAAUUUCCACAGUAAAAUCUGGUCGAUGGACAAGUUACAGUCUGAGCACAAGUUAACAGCACAAGUACAAAUAAGCUGUAGAAACUACCUACAUUGCGUUGCGUGUAUGUAUGCAAGGCUGCUCCUUCGGUGGAAGAGCUUGAAUAUAAUAUAUUUAAAGUAAACAUGACAUAACAUGAAUGUAUGCAAAGCUGCUCCAUUUAUGGUAGAGCUUGAAUAUAAUUUAUAGUAGAGUAAACAUGAUGCUACCUGACCGCAGACAGCACCAAAUAGCAUGAAGAUUAGAUGAUAGUACUACGUACAUGUAUGUAUGAGUGAAAUUCUUUGAUGUGAUAUAGAAUUUUCUUUUUGCAGUUAGCAGCUCAAGAAUGUUGCUUUGUAUGCAUAUACAAUGCUCUGAUAUUCAGAGACAUGAAGGAUUUGUACAAAAAAGUGAUUUAUGACAUUUCUUUAUUAUGAUAUGUACUAUAUAGUUAGCUGAGGAAAAAAUAAUCACACUGUAGAAAAAAUUACUGAGAAGACACUUCCUAAGCUGACAUGGGUUGCAUUCCUUCGAGACCUUUUCAGUGGUUUAUCCUGCUUAGGCAGUGUUAAAGCUACAGUGGACGGCAGUGGUCGGGCCCAACCGGCACAGAAGAUUUUUUGACCACCACUCAUCAUGGAAAACACUGCUUCUGUCCACCACUAAUUUCACAUGAAAAGUGUUUCAAAACUAACUCCUUGCAAAAGUGAAGGUGAGACUUAGGGAUCAAAAUGUUGUCCGUCCGUCACAAACCUAAUGACACAUAACUCCACAACCAUAAGUCGCUUUCCAACCAAACUUGGAUGGUAGAUGGACUUGGGGACCUGCAUGUUAUGCUGCAGUCGGAGGUCACAUGGUAAGGUCAAAGGUCAUUUUCAGGUCAACAUUAAAGUUGACGUGCAAGGCUCUUAUGUUAAGUUUUAUUCCAUCCCAGUCAUUUCACAAUGAAGUUUCGAUACAAUUCUGUUGCUUGCCCUCGCAAAUCACUAUAUUUCUGGUUAUUUUCAUAAGUAGGCGAGACACAAAAUCGCUUUUGCCUUGUAUUUGAUUAUAUUAGUCAUUUUCAAAGAUUUGUUAAUGUAAGAUUGUUAUAUUACAUUGAUGUUCCAUCACUUUUGGUUGUAAGCAUGGGUCUAAAUCCCAGGGGGAACGGGAGAUAACAUACAUGUACCCCCCCCCUCCCUCUAGGAGAGGGGGAAUGGCAUGUGACAGAAACAUUUUUUAUCAUCAAAUGAUUAAUACUUCUGUCAAAGCAUUGAUUCAUCUUUAAACAACAAAAGUGCUUAAAUUUACCUAUUUUUGCAUUCUAAAAUCGCAAAUUUUCUUACUCAGGAGUGAAGCGACUGCAUUCAAUUUAUUCUUAGAAGAAUUUGGACUUGACAAAUGCUUAUGUUUAGCUUAAAGGUUUUAUCUGAUGAGCACAUCAUCAGAGUGUGGUUCUAAUAAGUCCAAUUAUAUGAAUUGAAUGAUUCAGAUUACUUUUAAACAUGAUUAUAUCUUUAAUCAUAAACCAAACCAAUAAAAAUAUUCCUUAAAUAUUUUAGUGGGGUGGGGGUCAUAUCCUGGCAUCAUUUUAUUGUACAAAAAAAUAUACCCAAUACUUCAAGUUUAUUGUACGAUGAGUGAUUGAUGACAUUGAUCAAACCAAUGCCUUUAAUGAAACUCUGAAGCAUGUUAGGCCAGCAAUAUUCUCCACAUGUCAUUACAUAGGAUACUUUCUAUCACUUAAUUAAUGCAACAAUCUUAAUAAAUAUUUAAAGUACAAAUUUUGGUAAAACAUAUUAUUAUCGCAUCAUCUCCCAAUAAAAUCUUAAAUAGUAUUCAAAAUCUUUUCUUUCUGCAGUCAUAUUGACUAUAUUACCCUUUGUAUUAUAUGCACAGUAUUUGUAACGACUGUAUUAACCUUUUCAAGGCUCUUUCACGCUUGCUUGCUACAUUUCUCCCCUUACUCCACACCCAUUGAAAGACAUUUCAGACAUCAUUCUUUUUUCCAACUACUGAAAAUUUGCUUGCUUAUUAGGAUAUAACUGUAAAUCAGUAAUUAAUACAGUGUAUCACAACAAAAAAGUACCUUAGCCAUCAUGAAAAAAUUGUAAUAGGCUUACUGUCAUCACCAAAAGAUAUCAGUGGUGCUCAAAAGUUAGUGAACCCCACCAGAAAAGAAACAAAUUUAAAGUGUUCAAGUUCUGCCAUGUUAUAGAUAUUAAAUUGUGAAGUCAGGUGAUGAAAUAUUACAUUCAAUAAAGUUUGUCUAUCUGGGCUUGCCGAACAUUGUGGUGUUGUUGUCUACAUUUUCAACACUCAGCGUGAGGGAAUGCAUUUUGUGAAGCGGGUUCACUAACUCUUGAGCACAACUGUAAAUGGUAUUGAUAAGUACAACGUAUAGCCCUUGAUGUGAUAAUUAGACCCUGAAAGACAUUUUUUGACACGAUUCUGUCUUCCAACUCCUGAACACUUAAAUAAAAAUUACAUUCAGUAGUUUAUAUCACAACAAAACCGUUACAACAUAGCCAUAGAAAAAACAAUAGUGAUAGGCCUUUAAACUUAAAGAUGGUAGUACUACAUACUAUGUAGGACACCCAAAACCCCUGUAUUUUGGGUGUCCUAAAACUUUGAAUUUUCAUGUCAAUAUAUUGCCAUCAUCCCCUCACUGCUCGGACCAGAUUUACGCCUCAGGCUUUAAGACCACUAACUCGGCCUGCAAAAAAACUUUGUAAUGCCACUGAAAUGGGUCUAGCUAGAACACUGCUGCCGGGUUUGACAGCUUUUAUCUACUAGCAGAUGGUCUAAUUCUCAGAUAGUCUAAUGCCAUCAUUACUAAACCCACUUGGUCUACUAGCAGAUGGUCUAAUUACCAUGUAAUGCUCACUUGGUCAACUGUCAUUUACUUGUAAACCCAGAUUCUCACAUUUCCACUUUUAUCUAAUAACUCUUCUUAAUGUUUUGCAUUAAUGUCAAAUGAGAAUUUGGUUUUAUACACUGUUCAUCUGAUCAUAUAGUGUAGACUAUUUGUGUUAAACCAAAUGGAUUUAUCAAACAAAUAGUUAUAGCCCAUCAGGAAUCGGACUACAUGGUAAUUGUUUGAAGGUCAAUGAGGACAAACUAUAUGUAGGAUUAGACCAAAUGGGAUGAGACCAUAUGGAAAGUAGACCAAGUGGCAAUGUCUUGAUUAGAUAUACAUUACAAUAUCACGUUCAAGGCAAGUACGUACAAUUUAGUUUUAGACAAAAUACAUCUAUUACAAAUCAAAAGUAGUCAUGGACUACAUGUGCUGGUGUGAUAUGAAAUUCAAUUUAUUUAAAUUCUCAAUAAUCCAUUAAGUUUAUUGAAUGUGCUAAUAUCUACAGUCAUGUAAUAUUUGUGUCUUGAUUAUUGAAAAAAAAAAACCUUGGCAGGGGGUGGAUCCAGGAUUUUCCGAGGGGGAGGGGGGCAUUUUUGUACCCCCAAAAAUGAACAAGUCCCCCAAGAAGGUCUUCACUCCCAAUUAAAAAAAAGAAGUCCCACCUCCAAUGAAUGGUGAUUAAUAUCAGGAAAAAUAAUUUGACAAACAAAAAAGAUAGGGUCCUCACUUGCAUAUGCAAGACAUAUUCCCCAAACAAAUAUUCUUGUGGCAUUCAAAAGGGGGGGGGGGUACGGGUCGGAUGUCCCCCACCUGGAUCCAUCACUGACCUUUGGUAUACAUGUAUGAUUCCUGCCUGUAAUUUGAUUUUGAGACGUGGCUUUGCUAGUAAAUUUAUUUUUAAAAAUUGUAUACUUGCCAAUAUUUAAUAAUAUUUUCAAUCAUAGAUCGAUUUGAUUUCUAGCUGAGCUCUAUUUUAGAUGAAUUAUUCUCAAAUGCUUAACAGCAAUAGUCAUAAAAGUGUGUGUCUGUAUAUGUAUCCUUUUCAUGUAUAGCUAACUAUUGAAUAUUUCAUUUGAUUGUUUUUAGGGACCUUUUCAGGAGUUUGUAUACAAAAAACUAUUGAUAAGUGUAAUAUAUUAAAGUUCAUGGCAGAGAUGACAUAUUCAAGCUUUUGCCAGAUUUUUUUUUUCUGGCAUCCAUGUGAAGGUUAAGUUUACCACCCCUCCUCCACCCCUAUAGUACUACCAAUAUCAUGAUUAUUUAACAUUUUCCCUGUCAAAGAGGGAUUAUUGCAGUAUUUGUAUUUCUAAUAUUUUAAUCUAUUUUUGGGGGGGUGAGCAUGGUAUGUAAUAAUAAUCAAUACUUGUAGGUUUUAAUAUUUGUGUUACACCCUCUGGUGGUUAUUUUAGAGAAGGUUUUGUGUAUUGCUGAAACGUUCGACUGACAUCUAUCCAGAUAGAUUUUAUACUCCUUGGCCUGUAUUCUGAAGUCAGGUUUAACAAUUAGACCGUGCUCAAACUCUGUGCUAAAAUUAUAGGAAGCCAAACACGUCAAAAUUUUGUUUGCAUUGUAUGCUUCUAAUGUUGACUGUGCUCUUUCCUAAUUGUUUAAUAGUGAAGACAACUAUCUUGUUUAUCCUUUCCAGACAGUUAAGAUUUCAGAGUCAAAUGAGCCGAUUAAUUAAACCUGUAGGGUUAUAGAUUUAUGUCACAAUUGGCUAUCCAUAGUUAGAUCGCACCUUUAGACCAGAGUUAAACCCGGCUUCAGAAUACAGGCCAUUAGGUCUUUGAUGUUUGGU